GCGGCUGCUGUUGCUGUUGCCGCCGCUGCUCUCACCGCCGUCAGUCAGGCUGUGCCCGCUUCUUCAGGGCCCAGUCCCUCGGACCCAUCACCGCUUCUAGACCCUACUGCGGUCUCGGAUCUUGCCGGGAAAAUGUCUGAUGAAUUUUCGUUGGCAGAUGCACUACCUGAACAUUCCCCUGCCAAAACCUCUGCUGUGAGCAAUACAAAACCUGGCCAACCUCCUCAAGGCUGGCCAGGCUCCAACCCUUGGAAUCAUCCGAGUGCUCCACCUUCGGUGCCAUCUGGACUUCCAGCAAGUACAACACCCUCUACUGUGCCUUUUGGACCAGCACCAACAGGAAUGUAUCCCUCCGUGCCUCCCACCGGACCACCUCCAGGACCCCCAGCACCCUUUCCUCCUUCCAGACCAUCAUGCCCCCCACCUAAUGGUCCUUAUCCAGCCCCAACUGUGCCAGGUCCUGGCCCCACAGGGCCAUAUCCUACACCAAAUAUGCCCUUUCCGGAGCUACCUAGACCAUAUGGUGCACCCACAGAUCCAGCUGCAGCUGGUCCUUUAGGUCCCUGGGGAUCCAUGUCUUCUGGACCUUGGGCACCAGGAAUGGGAGGGCAGUAUCCUACCCCUAAUAUGCCAUAUCCAUCUCCAGGGCCAUAUCCCGCUCCUCCUCCUCCCCAAGCCCCUGGGGUAGCACCACCUGUUCCAUGGGGCACUGUUCCACCAGGAGCCUGGGGACCACCAGCACCAUAUCCUGCCCCUACAGGAUCGUAUCCUACACCAGGACUCUAUCCUAUUCCCAGUAAUCCUUUCCAAGUGCCUUCGGGACCUUCUGGUGCUCCACCGAUGCCUGAUGGCCCCCAUUCUUACCAUUAAGUUAACAAUGGACGAAGAGAUGACGCUUUGCUUUUUGAAGUACAUCUAUAUGCACAUGAAUGCAUAUAUAAAAAUUGCUGGUUUCACUGUUAGAGGGCAUUCAUGAAAGAACAACUCUUGCACCUCUCAGAGAAGAUAACUGCCUCUUGUACUUGGAUGUGUAGUACAUCAUAUGUAUACAAUCAGAUAAAAGCAUAGAAGUAAAUCAUUCGGAUGUGAUUUUUAUUUGGUUUUCAUGGAAAGUUAAAGUGAUUAAGUAUAUUGAAUAGCUCUUUGACAGAAUUUGUUUAUGAAACUACACACUUAAAAAUCUAAGAUGAUGUGUGGAUUAUUGUUAGAAUCUGCAACUCAUUGGCAAUUUAUUUCAAGUAUUUUUCUAUAAUCACUUUCCCCUCCAAAUAAAUACACUUUGAGAAUAACCCCUUCAUAUCUAAACAAAUGAUGCCUCUCAACAUUUUGAGCUGCUCUGUUGGAUAAAUAAACCUGGUCCUCUUGAGGUUAUAUUUUGGAUAUACAUUUUUAAACUGUCAGUAAUUAUUGUCAGAUGUAAAGUUCAAUAGACAGCCAGUGUUCAUUUUUAUCCUUGAGCUUUUAGUAAAAACUUCCUCAGUCGUUUUUAGUCAUAUGGGCCAUACAGCACUAAAAUCUGCUCGUUAUGGAAACUAACUUUUUUCUUUGUAAUCCAGGCCAACAUUUAUGUAAAUUAAAUUUUUAGAUAAUUGAUAAUCUCUUUGUACUACUUGAGAUUUGAUUAUGAGAUGUGCAUAUUGCUUUGGAAAGAGCUCAAGGAAGGAAAUAAUUCUCUCCUUUGUUUUGAACCUCAAACUAGGUAAACCCUAGGAAUUGCUUAAUUGCAACAAGUAGUUUUCUUGCCCACAAAAAACUGAGGCAGCUCUUGUGCCCAGGGCAUUCCCUGCAGCCACCCCACCCCACUUGCUGUUUGUUUUUUAGAAGGAGCACAUCCCUUGAUUCCUCCCUGAUGCGGUAAACUGGCACACUCUAGAGGUGUAAAACAUAAAACAGUUGUGUUUAGAGAACCUUAAGUCAUGCAGAUAUGACUGUUCUCUUUGUACAAGUGUGAAUCAAAAUAAUGUAUCUUUCAGAGUCUAGUUAAGCUAUGUCAUUGUCUCCUGCAUAGUUUCCUGAGUUUUUGUAAAGUGCUUAUGGCUAACAGUUCAGUUCUGUAUUUGUUGACAGGUAAAUAAGUGGAGUUGAGUGCCAUCUUUGAAAAAAUUACCCUCUAGCUCUAACACUGAAAAUAAUAAUAAAUAGUAGAUCUCUGCAACUGAGUUUAAAGCAGUGUAACUGUAUUGCUUAAAUAUUAAGUAUUGUUUAUAACCACCAAAAAACAGCCCUAGUAGUUUUUUGGCACCUUAUGUUUAAAUCAGAUUCUUAGAUUUGGGGUAGACCUGACCUUGUUAUUUAUUAGAUAACAUUUUGAAUGUAUCCAUUGGAUUUCUAAAAUGUAUUGUGAAUUUUCUCAGACAAACAGGAUUUAUGCUGGAGCUCUGUUUUUGCUUAGAAAUAAAAUAUUUAGU